AUGGACCCGCCGGCCAAGGAGGGGCCGCUGCUCGUGCAGCACAGCCACAAGUUCGGCGCCAAGAAGUGGAAGCGGAGCUGGUUUGUGCUGUACCCGGCCAGCCAGCACGGCGUGGCCCGCCUGGAGUUCUUCGACUGCAAGGAGACAGCGGCGCGGCCGGAACGGCUGGGCAGCAGGCGGAUAGACAAGACGGUGGUGCGGCUGGCGGACUGCACCAGCGUGGCCCCGGUGUCCGAGAGCGGCCCCCGCGCCGGCACGGUCGUCUUCCGCCUGGAGACCAGCGGCAGGAGCUACCUCUUCGCAGCCGACAAGCAGCAGAGCGAGGAGUGGGUGGCGAAGCUCUGCGAGAUCGCCUUCCCGGGAAAUGGCUCCAGUGAUGCUGGUGUGGCAGCCCAGCGUGCCAGAGAGGGCAGCGGCGACGCACCAGCCCUGGAGAUGGCUGUGAACUCCAUCUACUACUCAAGAGACGAAGUGAAUGCCUUCUGGGUGACAGUGCAACGAACCGAGGCUGCAGAGCGAUGUGAGCUGCGUGGUGCCUACCUGCUCAAGGCUGAGCGUGACAGCCUCGUCCUGAAGGACCCACGGACAAAUGAGAUCCUCUACGUCUGGCCCUACCGGCUGCUCCGGAGAUAUGGCCGGGACAAGGUGAUGUUCUCCUUCGAAGCUGGCAGGCGCUGUGACUCAGGCCCAGGGAACUUCACCUUUGAGACCAAGCAGGGCAAUGAGAUCUUCCGCCUGGUGGAAGCCUCCAUCCGGGAGCAGAAAGCGCAGGUGGAGGAGAAGCGGCGAAGCUGUGACUCACUGGAUUCAGAAAGCCCCAGCAUACUGCUGAUCCGCCAGGCCCUGGCUGACUCUCUGAACCUGGAGCUACCUGCAGAGGGGGAUGACACCUUGGCACACAAAGUGGGGCAAGUGCCCAGGCCCAGUGCAGCACCAGAGGAGAGGGAUGCUACAUCUCUGCUGAAGACCCGGACUCUGCCAGAGCUCCCUGUGCCACAGGCCAAGCCCAUGGUCCCAAGCACACCACCACGCUCCCCUCUGCCCAAGGUGCCCCGUGCUGUGCUGCCGGCCGAGGACCCCUCCAGUGUGUACUCGGAGCCCCUGGACUCAGUGAAAGGCUUCCGUCCCAGGCCAGACCCGCUAUACUCGGACCCCAUAGACAGCAAGCCCAUGAGCGGGACCAAGGUUCCCAGCGGUGCCUCGGAUGAGCCAAAGCUCCAGCGGCUGGUGCCGCAGUACUUGGGUGCGUACGAGCAGGGGCAGGCUGAGGGACGCAGCCAGGCCCCCGUGGCAGCUGGGCGGAGGGAGCACAUCUAUGAUGAGCCUGAGGGUCGUGCUCCCCGCUCACUGCCACCCCUUGCCUGCAUCUAUGAUGAGGCACGGCCUGCGGGCGAGGCCUGGCGCACCCAGGGCCAUGAUGGCAGGGACGGCUAUGAGUACCCCUACAACCCCAGCACUGACGACUACUCUGUACCUGCCUUCAAGGCCAAGGGCCCCAAGCCAGUGCCUGCCCCCAAACCCCCAGCAACCUUUAUCCCUAAAGGCACUGAGAGGAGUGGGGAUGCUGGCAGGUGGCAGGGGAACAUUGCUCCUGAGAAGAGCGUUGUCAAAUCCAGCCUCAACAGCAGCAACAACAACAAUGUGGAGGUGCUGUACAGCCAGGUGGUGAAGCCCCAGCAUGUGCAGAAGAAGGAGCAGUCUGUGGAUGAGUGCAGCUUGUCACCUGUCUAUGAGGACUUGGGAGAGAUAUAG